UGCUGGCAACGUGGCAACUUGCCACUAAACACGCACCGCGGAUGCCGCAGGAAGUCAAAGAAGAAGUUCUCGUCGCACUCUUCGCAGCGAAUGAGAUUCGCACGGAUGUGGUCGAAAUGCUCAUCGAUGCGCGGGCCUGCGUCUCGUGCAGUAGCGUCAGUCUCCAUUUUUCCACCUUCUCCACACUUGAGAUUUCUCUAAACUGAAAUGUGGAACAGAACAGGCAACGAAAACUAGAAACGCAACGUUGGUGGCGGGAUUGUGACAAAUUGGUGGUAGUAGUCGAGUGGCUUCAACGCCACUAAAGCGGGGGAAUUUUGCCGAUCAGAGUCGUUUAGCCCCAGACCGAGUCGAGUGAUAAUGGCCCGCGUGUUCGUUGGCAACUUGCCCGAGGACGUGCGUGAGCGCGAACUCUCCGACAAGUUCGAGCGCUUCGGGCGCCUUACGAGCGUACGCAUCAAGUUCCCGGCGCGGCCUCCGCCCUUCGCUUUCCUGGUGCGGCAAUCGUUGGCAAUCAUUUUUUUUUCACUUUUGCCACUCAUCAAUUGCAACAAUUUCAUUUGCCACAUGCAGACAUUUGAAAACGAACAGGAUGCCAGUGACGCGGUGCGAUCAAUGAAUAACUCAACGUUCUCAGGCAGUCGCAUCCGAGUGGAAAUGUCACGUGGCAUCGACGACGCUCGUCCUCGAGGCACUCAGUACCGCGUCAAGAUCACCGGACUACCAGACACCAUGAGCUGGCAAGACCUCAAGGAUUUCCUCCGUAAAGGCGGAGAUGUCGUCCACAGUGACGUGGAUCGCCGUGGCAAUGGAUCCGCAUCGUUUGCCACUCCAGACGAAAUGCGGCGUGCCAUUCGAAAAUUGGACGGCACCGAUCUGGAUGGCGAACGCGUCCGGAUCCGAGAAGAAGACGCUAAAGGACGUUCACGGUCUCCGUCUCGCUCCCGUUCGAGAUCUCCGCCUCGACGUUCGAGUCGUAGACGCUCCCCGUCUCGUUCGCGUUCGAGAUCUCCACGUCGCUACAACAACCGAAGCAGUCGCCGUGAUCGCUCGCGGUCUCGUUCCCGUUAAAACGUUUGCCGGAGUGUUUGUCACUCGCGCUGUCAAAGUGAAAUUUGCCAGCAGUUUUGAUUUUGGUGACAGCGUAUCAUGUCAGUGGAGAACUGUUUUCCACUACGUCAUUUGCGCAAUUUUUUUUUAUUAAGUCAACGUCACUAUUUGGAAUUUUCAGUUUUUGUUUUUGCUGAAAAAAAAAAAAAAAA